UCCUGCGGACGCAGAGCGCGGGGGAAAAGCAUCUUGGGGUUGAGCAAGGUUACUACCUAGCAAUAGCCUACGGAUACACAUGGAGCCUCCAUCAUCACUGCAAGUUUUGAUCUCACACCAAGUCUAAACUCGUUCAUUAGAACCAAGUCUAAACUUGUUCAUUAGAGUCCCCAGCAAAUAGUAAAACUAUAUUUUUCCUUCUUUCGGAUCUGUUUAUGCUUCUUUCUAUGCAUUAUUUUUCCUGAUUGAACUGGCACGAACAUGGAUUUGGACAUUUGAUUAGGCACAGCCGGAUUCCUUUUUUUCCGUGGAACAGUCUCCUUUCUGCACUCUAUACACAGAGCAUCAUCAUGGACGUUUUGGCGAAUCACGGUAUUUUUCAGGAACUCCAGCUCGUGCAUGACACCGGCUACUUCUCUGCGAUGCCUUCGCUGGAGGAGAACUGGCAGCAGACCUGUCUGGAGUUGGAGCGACAUUUGCAGACGGAGCCCAAGAUGUCGACCUUUGACGAGGAGCUGGACUGCCUGCUCACCCCCGGACCGAAGGAGGACAGUGAAGAGGAAGUACUAGAGCCUCUCCUCCCCAGCCUCCGGCCCCCCCCCUCUACCGCCUGCUUCCCCCUCUCAAGCACCCUCGGGGAAGUCUGCCAAACUUGGCGUAGGCGACGGCACGGGUUAGGCUGGAGGGGGAGGGGGAGGGGUACACCCGCAGCUGAGCGCCGUCACCUCCUGACGCCGCCCGCGUCCCCCGAGCUGGGACGCCACCUGGUCGAGCCCGACCCCCACCAGACUCUGACGGCGCCCGCUGACGGCACACUCACUCUCAAACUGGUGGCGAGGAAGGUGGGGCAGAGCGCCACCAGGUUGGCACGACCCAGCGCCACCCCGCCCACAAGGCGUGACACCACAGGCGGGCACAGCGACGGUGAGCAGGGGGGCACGUGUGUGAUGGGCGUGGGGGAUAUCUCUGAGAACAAGAAGAGGGUCCACCGCUGCCAGUUUAACGGCUGCAGGAAGGUUUACACCAAGAGCUCACACCUCAAGGCUCACAGAGACACACACACAGGUGAGAAGCCCUACAAGUGCUCAUGGGAGGGCUGUGAAUGGCGGUUCGCCCGGAGCGAUGAACUGACAAGACACUACCGCAAACACACUGGCGCAAAGCCUUUCAAGUGUAACCACUGUGACAGAUGUUUCUCACGAUCGGACCACUUGGCGCUACACAUGAAAAGGCAUAUCUGAGGAGGUGGAGGGAGAAGAGCGGGAGAGGAGGAGGACAGAGAAAAGAGGAGAGGUGGAGAGGGAGGUGAACAUCAUGGCUGUCUCUGUUGUGUUCAAAAGGGAACUGAGAGAGAGUUCAAUCAAAAGCUUGGUUGCAUCAGAUCAAGGAUUGGAUCAGCCUUGGGAGACAUGGGAGUGAAAGACAAACGGAUAGUGUCCGUGGGGCUGCAUUGGGCACAUAAUCAUGGCUUUUGUGUGCAGCAGACAAACAGACAGUCUGGUCUAAUGUUGUUCCCCGAGCAGCUCUGCCUCACCCGAGUCCUGGAAUUCUGAUACUGCCAGAUUGUGAUUCUGCCUCGAGACAGUAACACAGGACUGACAGACGCUUGUGUCGUAUAGAGAGUAAAAGGGUUGUCGUCCCGUUUUCUGUUGCUCUCUCGAAGGUUAUCUUAGAGUUUGGACAACUGCAAGCCAGCCCUGUCAAACUCCUAUUGUAAGGGGUCAAAGGUCAACCAGAAGACAUUGACCCAGUCCCUGGUCAGACACCUGAUGACCACAAUGAACUAUAAUAUUCAUACUCCUCCUAUUCUC